AUGUUUAGAAAAGCUAAGCUGACGGAUGGGACUGCAAAUGGCCAAGUGGGGAUCAAGAAGAAAUCUCGAGUCCCUGGCGUGAUGAUUACACAGUUUAUUGAGACACUGCCAGAGGGAAAGAGCCAUCCAGACUUCACCCGCAAGCCAAUUGCUCUGACCAUCCAAGAGGGAAAAUUUGCUUUUUUUAAAGCCAUUGUCACCGGAGACCCACAGCCAACUGUCACAUGGGACAGGAAUAAUGGAGAUGUGUCUGAUACAUCAAGAUACCAGACCAAAUACGAUCCAACUUCCAAUGAGCAUACGUUUGAGAUGCCAAGUGUCAUGCCAGAUCAAGCUGACACCUACAAAUGCUUUGCCAAAAAUGAAUAUGGACAAGCCAUAGUCACGGUCAUUCUGAAUGUUAUUGAAGUUGGUUUCAAAAUGAACAAGGCCCAGCAACAAACAACAGAAUUUACUGAUGAAAAUUUUAGGACUGUUCUAAAAAGGAAAAGUAAGAUCCCUCCCAAAUCUGAGCAACAUGAGAAAAAAGAUGGUGAGAUUGAUCCGAAGUUUUGGGAGCUCUUACUAAGUGCUGAUAAGAAAGACUAUGAGAGAAUCUGUGCAGAGUUUGGAGUCACUGACUUUCGAUGGAUGCUCAAGGAACUGAAUGAAAUGAAGAAGGAGAGGGAGGAACAACAAGCUCAGUUCGUCAAAGACCUGCGAAACCUGAAGGCUAUUCAAGUCAAUGCAGAUGGUUCUGCCUCCUUUGAGAUUGACAUGGAUCUUCUUGACCCAAGCAGCCGAAUCUUCCUAUACAAGGAUGGUGAAAUGAUUCCAUAUACAAAGGAGUUGGGAGACAAGAUGAAGCACAGCCUCAAACAAUUGGGGAGAAAGUAUGUUUUCAGUAUAAGGGACCUUAUGCCCGAAGAUGCUGGACUGUACCAGUUGGAUGUAGAGGAUGUGAAUAUGUUUUCUACUGAUUUUAAAAUCCCCAUGGUGGAUUUCCUGGUGAAAAUUCAGGAAGUGAAGGCAAAGGAGCGUGAAGAUGCUGUAUUUGAGUGUGUCCUGUCAAAUCCCUUCUCCAAGAUUCUGUGGUUUGGCAAGAAUGUUCCACUGGAACAAGGGGACAAGUACGAUAUUGAGGUUUCGGAGGACAAGCUCAUUCACAGACUGGUGGUCAAAGACUGCAUAGUGGUGGACAAAGGAAUUUACUCUGCCUGUGCAGGAAUAAAAUCUUGUAAUGCAUGGCUUGUUGUUGAAGCUGACAAAGGAGCCAAAAAGGGGAAAAAAGCAGCAAGGAAAACUACGAGGGCUGGAGGAUCUGGAAUUGACUUGCAGAAAGUUGCCCAAGAACAACUAGUAAAACUAGAGAAAGAAAGAGAAGAAAGAAAGGAACAGAUUAAAGCUGCUAAAGAAGCUGCAGCAGCUGCACCUCCACCUGAAGCCCCUCCAGCUCCCGCACCUCCUACUACAGCUCAAGCUGUACCUAAGACACCAAAAGGUCCUGAACCAGGUGCCAGGAUCAACAUAACCAAAGAUGGAACCUCUCACAAGCUGACAAUUAAAAGCUGCACAGAUGAUGACUCUGGACUUUAUCGCUUUGUGUCAGGGGAGCAGAGUACACAAGGAAAGGUUACUAUAGGAGAUGUACCUGAGUUUGACCCAGACGACCUUCACAAGUUUUCCAAACCUGUGAUCAUAAGAGUGGGGCAGAAUGCUGCUUUCAAGAUGCCCUUCAUUCCUCAGGAAUCUUUGGUGGUCAGUUGGUUUAAGGAUGGCACUGAGAUCAAAGAUGGAGGAGGAGUUAAGAUCUUGAAGGAGCCCAAUCACAGCCGGCUGCUACUCAGAGACUGUUUGCGGACAGAUGCAGGCGAAAUAAAAAUACAGCUCAAAAACCCAUUUGGAGUUGUGGAGGCUACAUCUCAGCUUAUUGUGCUUGAUCAUCCAGGCCCACCAGAGGGUCCAGUGGACACUGUUGAAACGACCUCAUCUGUGAUUGAGAUUAAAUGGAACCCUCCAAAGGAUGACGGUGGCUCGGCUGUCACCAACUAUAUUAUAGAACGACAGCAGACAGGACAGAGUCUGUGGACGAAACUUGGGGAUGUUUUAGCUGACAGGACAUCCUUCAGAGACAGGAAUGUGAUUCAUGGAAAGAAAUACAACUACCGGAUCUAUGCAGAAAACCCUGAGGGCCUCAGUGAUGCCCUGGAGACAGCUGACAGCAUUAUGGCUGGCAUAAUGAUACUCUCUGGUCCACCUGGUGCUCCUAAAGUGGUGAGUGCCUCUAAGACGUGUAUCAAUUUGACCUGGACCCCUCCAGAGGACGACAGAGGAGUACCGAUCAUCGGUUAUCAAGUAGAGAAACAAAAGAAAGACACAAAUGAGUGGAUUGCCCUGAAUGCACUCAAUGAACCUAUUAAAGAUGUGAAGUUUGCAGUAAAAGAUGUUAUGGAGGGAGCAGAGUACGAGUUCAGGGUUGCAGCAAUCAAUGAGUCAGGAUCUGGAGAUCUAAGCCCUCCGUCUGCAAUGGUGUGUGCAAAGAAUCCCAACAUGAGACCUUGUUUCAAAGAUCCAGAAGACUUCAUUGUCGUCAGAGCCGGAAAUUCUGCUCGGGUCAAAAUUUGCUAUGAGGCUGAACCUCCGCCUCAGAUCACUUGGCUGAAGGACGAUGAGCCAAUAUCCCCUUGGAUCAAUAUCAUUAACACAGAGGGAAUGUCUCAGCUUGUUAUUCCCUCAUCGAAGAGGUCAGAUUCAGCCAUCUACACAGUUAAAGCCAAAAACUCUGUGGGCGAGGCUUCGUUUGACAUUGAGGUUAGAGUCACAGAUGAACCCAAGACUCCAGGGCCAGUGGAGUUGGAGCAGACUGUCCAUGGCAAAGUGGUGGUAUCAUGGGCUCCCUCCCCUGACCAGGAGCUCGAUGACCGCCUGUAUUAUGUGGUAGCUCAACAUGACUCCAACAGCAGAGUGUGGAAGACUGUGGCAGACCGUCUCUUAACUAACACAUACACAGCCAACAACAUUCUUCCUGGGAUAGAGUAUCAUUUCCAGAUCUACGCCAAGAACGAUAUGGGCCUCUCAGAUCCAUCUCAGUCACCAACAUGGGGCGCCAACAGCAACAGAGUUCAUCUGAGUUCCAAUGGACCUAAUUCUACGGACAUUUCCUUUGAGAGGCCCCCGUCCAUCCUGGUCCCUCUCAAAGUCCACACUCCACCUAAAGGUUAUCAGCUCUACAUGACAUGUGCUGUCCGGGGAUGUCCUACACCCUCAGUAUCCUGGUACCUGAACGAUGUGUGCAUCAACUCAGACAACAACUACUACAUCACCAACUCAUUCGGAGUGUGCUCCAUGUAUAUUCUCCGAGUGCGGCAAAAGGACAGCGGUGAAUAUAAGGUGGUAGCAGUCAACUCUUUUGGCAAGGCAGACUGUUCCACUAAACUUGUUGUUAGAGACUAAAAUGGCACAAAGGUUUUAUGCAACUUUUCCUUCGACUGAGAUUCUGGAAAGUAAGAAUAUUG